AGCGGCGCACAUGGUGGCAGCGGCUCGGCCAUUCCCGGUGGCGGAUCGGCCCCUCACUGUCGUUCCUCUUCCUGGAAGAGCGAGUACACAGCACGCUACCUACCGGUCCACGCCUCCCUUUCUCCUCUGCAGCCCAACCCCUCCACACCAACAACUCUGAGCCUUUUCGAUACUUUAUUGUGCAGGGAUUGAGGGCACAACCAUCCGCGCUGCGCCAAUUAACAGAGCCGUCUGAAAAUAAAUCACCGCGCACACCUCCGCCGAAGCUCGCUGCCCCACUGGCUGCUCUGACUAUCACCUCUGGCCCGGCGAGAACAUUGUGUCCUCUGUGAGAAAUGACAGCCAAGCAUCGGAAAGGGAAAAGCAACCACAAACAUGAGGAUAACUUUUUCAGAAAUGAAAUCCUGGAGUCAGAAGCCCGCGGAGGAGGGAAUAAUUACCUUAUUCUCUUUAUUUUAUUUCUGUUGAUUGUAAUUGGCGGUGCCAUUAGCGCGUGGUUCUGUUUCCAGCAGCACCAAACUAUAACCUACUUAACAGAUAAUCUCAUGGGCAUGCAGAUGAAGAUAGUCAAACUACAGUCCUCUCAGGAGGAGAUUCGACAGUCAAAUAAUAAGCAGCCCAUUUCAGAGGGUGUGGAGAUGCGUCUUAAUGCCCUGGAGGAGUCUUACGCACUGGCCCAGAAGCAGGUGGGCAUGGCCUUGGCGACGGCUGAGCAGCUCAAGACGUCUGACCUCCCUGCCCAGGUGCUGUCCCUUCACACUGAGAUGAAAGCCCGCCUGGCGGAGAUGCAGCAAGCCACUGUGUCUCUGGAGCAGCUGAGCCAGCUGCAGACCAUGCUCAAAGGGAAAAGUGAGGAAUUUGAAGGUGUCAGGCUGCAGGUGGAGGGCCUUGCUGCGCUGAGUGCUGAGCUGUCCCAGAAGGUGGAGGUCUUGACAGGGAGCCUGGGAGAAGCAGAAUCGAAGCUGGAGGAGAGAGUUGGGCAAAUUGCCAAACUGAGUGAUACCCUGGAUGGACAGGCCUCUGAGGUGCUUGGAUUGAAGGAGCAGCUGGCCACCUAUAAGGGUCAGCUGGAGGCCAGUACAACGGAGAUAGCCACUGUCAGAGGGUUGCUGGAGAAUGAACAGUCCCAGCGUGUCCAGCAGGCCAGCGUGGAGGAGCAGCUCAGUACGGUACGUCAGAGUCUGCUGGAUCAUAGCACAGCAGCCCAUAGUCUGCACUCUGAACUCAGGGCUCAGCUGGAGAACAUACAGAAGGAGGUUGCCCAGCUGGAGGGAGAGGCUCAGCCUGUGGAGCAGGUAGAGGAAGAUGCAGCUCCUGCAGCUCUACUGACUGAAGAUGAAGCUGUAGAAAAGGAGGCCCCUGCUGCAGAGGAAGAGGAGGCACCUGUGCAGGAUGAAGCUCCCACUGAGCAGGGCGACUCUGCAGCAGAAGGAGAAACUGCUCCUCCAGAGGAAGUGGCGGUGGAGGAAAUGGGGGAUCAGACAGAGCAAGAAGAUGUGGGACAGACCGACAGCCACAAAACAGAAGAGGAGGAGGUAUCUGAAGGAGAUAAGGUACAGGAGGAAUCAGAAUCACCAACUGAAGAGGAGGGGGUAUCUGAAGGAGAUAAGGUACAGGAGGAAUCACCAGUAGAAGAGGAGAACCACAUAGCAGAAGAGGAGGAGGAACUGCAGGAUGCACCAGCUGAAGAGAAGAGCCAUAAACAAGAGGAGACAGAGGUAUUUGAAGGAGAAGACGACCUGGAAGAGCAGACGGUGGAUGAUGAAGAAGUUGGAGACCUACUAGAAGAUGAUGCCCACCCGGAGGAUGAAUAGUGCACCUAUGCAGAAAGGGCAAUCUUCAGCAACGGACAUACCCACAGAGGAGAAGGGACACUUUCUCAGUCUACCACAUGACAAAUAGGAAGGCAUUGUUGAUUGCUGAUGUUUAGGUGCAGUAUGCAUAAUGUGGUUGCUCAUUGUAAAGCAGACCUACUCACAAGAAUUCAGUCACCAUGCUGGCGUCAGAGCUGAAACCUGUACCUCAAGGAUGUGUGUGAGACGGCUGUUAAAUUAGGUAACAAUGAAUUCAGGGUUUACCUGCCAAUACCAACCUCAAGAGCCUUAAUCUAUGCUAAUAAUAAUUUUAAUAAUGUCUUUCUACAGAGUAUUUUCCAUGCUUCAAAUUGCCUAUUUCUGCAAGCUCAGUGACAUUUGUAGUCCAAAGUUAGUCUUUACUAAACUGGAAAAAUAGAAGCCAAUGAGUAGACAAGCACUUCUUAUCAUACUUAAAGCCAUAAAUAAUGCCUGUCUUGCCGACAUGACAAGUGGUUCUUUUUGCUGCUGCCUGGUAUGUGUCUUGAGAUGUUAUUUUAAGGGCAAAAAAGGAUGCAGAAAAUAAUUUAUUGUAUCCCACUUGUUUACACAGGCAAAAACAGCCAGCUAAAGCACUAGUAUAGGAACGGUGGCAUGUGUGGGGGGGAAAAAAAAUCAAAAUUCACUGAUGUUUCUGACACAUGUAGGGUGUACUGUAGCUGAUAGGCCUUUUUUUUUUUUUUUUUACUUUUUUGACUUGUCUGUAAUACUUCUUGAAAUACUGGCGGUGAUUUAUGUAAUUCGGCUCAUUGUACUGUUUGCACUUUCUUACCUGAUUGCAUCUCUAGCCAGACAGAACACACCUAUUUUAAGAUAUAUUUCUACUAAGGUCUGAUAUUCACAUUUACAAAAUGCACGGUUACUGCAAAGGUAUUUGUUACCCUCAGUAUAACCCAUCUCACUUCUUCACAUUUUUUUUAAAUAAACCCUGAUUCUUCCA